AUAUUUUAUAUUAUUCCUUUCGAACUCGAUUCUUUUCAAAUACCCAAUUGUUACUACGAUGAUUUAUCAUCGGUUAUCAUCCCAGAAGGCUUUAUUAAAGAUCGGGUGAAACGGCUUUCUCAGGAAAUAUUUGCCGAAACUGGAGAUCAGCCUCUUGUGAUGCUUUGCAUAUUAAAAGGCUCCUUUCGUUUCUUCACGACAUUAGUAGGCGAACUGACAAUUGCUCGUGCAUCGUGUUCCGAGUCUCUUACAGUUGAUUUCAUCCGAAUUCGAAGUUAUGUGAAUACUGAACAGUCAGCUGGUAUUGAGAUUUUAGGACUUUCCAGCCUCGAUGAGCUUAAAGGCAAAAAUAUACUCAUUGUUGAAGAUAUUAUAGACAGUGGAAGAACUAUCAGUAAACUUGUCAGCACUUUGAAUGACAUUGGCGUUAAAAAAAUUUGGACAGCUGUACUUCUAUCAAAAAGAGUCACUCGCUUGGAAAAAGUAAUGGAAGAUUUCGUGGCUUUCGAUAUUCCAAACAAAUUUGUAGUCGGAUAUGGCCUUGAUUACAAUCAAAAAUUUCGUGAUUUAAAUCAUAUUUGUUUGGUGAAUCAAAAAGGUAUCGAAAAAUAUAUGCUGUGA